AUUUCAAGCAUUUAUCCAACGGUCAGAGGACUAACCUGAAGUCGGAGCUACACACCAAGAUGAUCCGGAUCUGGGUUGUUGGGGUAUUAUUCAGUACAAUAUGUAAGUUUUGCAAUUCAUACCUUGACCAUUCUGUUCAGUUCACAAUGUAAGAAUUUGAGGGGGAAAUGGUCUUUAUGGGGUUUCUGAUGCUGCUGAGCUUCCUUCAGGCCUAGUUCCUCUGAUUUAACCUUUCAAUCUGUUAUGCAUUUUUAGAUGUGACACAAUGCAACAAUGUCCAGCGGCAUAUUCAAGUUCAGGGGGUUCAAAUUGGUGACUCUGUGACUCUCUACUGUGUUUUCUCAAAGCAAGUAUUCAAUGAGGGAAACAUGUUCUGGUUUAAGCAAAUAAUGGGGCAAAUUCCUCAAGUUGGUGCAAGCAUGCAGAAAUAUGAGUUGAAGCCUAUAUUGUACAAGGAAUUUAACAAUUCAAAUCUCAUUGUGGAGAAAGCUGAAGCUGACGGGACAUAUCGUCUCACAAUCCCAAAGAUGGAACCAAUGGAUGAAGCUGUUUACUAUUGUGCAAGUAGGACAGAUUAUGAAGUCAACUUUAUCAAUGGGACCUUUUUAGUAUUAAAAGGAAAGAAUCACCAGAGGUCUGAUUACAAGACUGUGGUACAGCAGCCAAUGUCUGACCCAUUCCACUCAGGAGAAAAUGUGACUCUGCAGUGUACAGUGCUCUCUGAGACCUGUACAGCAGAGCACAGUGUGUACUGGUUCAGAGCAGGAUCAGGAGAAUCCCAUCCAGGAGUCAUUUACACCCCUGGGAACAGGAGUGAUGAGUGUGAGAAGAGCCCUGAGACUCCCUCUCCUAAAAAGAGCUGUGUCUACAACCUCUCCAAGAACAACCUCAGUCUCUCUGAUGCUGGGACUUACUACUGUGCUGUGGCCACAUGUGGGGAGAUCCUGUUGGGCAAUGGAACAAAAUUGGACAUUGCCACUAACAAGAAAUGGAACGAGUCAGAAAGCGCUCUGGUAGUGGUUGUUGUAGGUUUGGCAGUGGCGUUGGUGUUGUGUGGGAUUGGGAUCAUCUUCCUUGCCUGCACCAGAAGUAAAGAGCAAGUCUGUGAAAAUUGCAAAGCAGUAGGUGCCUGUCGAGAAGGCAGACAUUACGGAUUAAGGGGAGAACAGGAUCAAGAUGGAAAUAUGUUGAAUUAUGCUGCAUUGAAUUUCUCUGAGAGGAAAACUAAAAGAGGAAGAAAGAAGAGAGAGACACCACAGGAGAGUGUGUACUCUGAUGUCAGGUGCUCAGACUGGGACUGAACUUAGCUUAAUCAUUCUAAAAUGUAAUGUUAAUAAUACAUUUUUUCUUGUAAAUGUGUUAGUUAGUGCCCCUUGUA